AUGGAACACCACCACUGUGUCGGAGACAAGACUAGCGCCUUCACAGAUGAUAGAGACGUGCCAACAUCCAAGAUACUAUCUCUCAUCAAUCUCACAAUCCUCGAACGUUCACCACGCCCUCCACCCGUCUCUCGACUCUCCAAACCAAAGGUCCACCCCAUCAACACCACCGUCUUCGACUGGUGGCACUUUGACGCCGUCUCUGCCUCGAAUCCGAAUGCCUCCGGUGUGAUCACCCUCUUCACUAGCACACCUACCGCAUUCCCGUUCCUCCCAGGCAAGAGCAAGAGCAAGAGCAAUACCGACUCCGUCCUCGCUGGCCUCCCUCUGGAUCUCAUCUCCAAAUGGGACCGGGACCACCUGCGCACGCUAAGCAGAUACAUCCCUAGCGACAGCCGACGCAGCCCGCGGCGUUACCCGAGGGAUCUGGCACGGGAGCGGCGUUUCCUUUGCUGGAUCCGAGCGCGGGGAGUAUCUGUGUGGGGUGUGGAUGUGGAUGCGAGGGGGCUACAGCUCAUAUGUCCUCCAUAUGGGCUGGAGCAGAACUGGUCGGAUGGCCCGUUUGAGACGGCGGUGCGAACGUGGUAUUGGGGACGGGAGAGGGUUGGCCCCUUCUCUGUCGUCUGGUUUGAUAUGCUUCCUGCUGGGCACGGCACCGAGGUGGUCAGUGGGUAUGUGGCUGUUGGGAUGGAGGUGGUGGUGUCUGUCCGGCCAUGGAAGGACGGAUGGCAGCUCCUUAUCCGCCAGUGCGUGCGGAUGUGCCGGAUGGGGUUCAGGGUGUUUAUAGGAUUGGGAUGGAGGUGGAUGUGA